GCCGUUCGUCACUGGCAGGCGUAAUCCGGUCACUGCGCCCCCUCUCGCCUGCCCGCCCGCUUGAUUAUCAAACAAACCUUCCCCCUCAGUACUUAAACCUCUCCCACCUCUUUCUAACUUCAUCCUCUUCUCUUCCCAAAACAUCUCUCACCCAAGAUUUUACUUUCGCUCAAGACCAGCGAUAACAAAGACCUUCUUUCAUCCGAUUACCAUCUAUCCACAUCACUUCCGCGACAGAUCACCGCCAUCAUGCAGAUCUUCGUCAAGACCUUGACCGGCAAGACCAUCACCCUCGAGGUUGAGUCUUCCGACACUAUCGACAAUGUCAAGUCCAAGAUUCAGGACAAGGAGGGCAUUCCCCCUGACCAGCAACGCUUGAUUUUCGCCGGCAAGCAGCUUGAGGACGGCCGCACUCUCUCUGAUUACAACAUUCAGAAGGAGUCUACUCUUCACCUUGUUCUCCGCCUCCGUGGUGGUAUGCAAAUCUUCGUCAAGACCCUCACUGGCAAGACCAUCACUCUUGAGGUCGAGUCGUCCGAUACCAUCGACAAUGUUAAGUCAAAGAUUCAGGAUAAGGAGGGUAUCCCUCCUGACCAGCAGCGCCUGAUCUUUGCUGGAAAGCAACUCGAAGACGGCCGAACCCUUGCCGACUACAACAUUCAGAAGGAAUCUACCCUUCAUCUCGUCCUCCGCCUCCGUGGUGGUAUGCAAAUCUUCGUCAAGACCCUCACUGGAAAGACCAUCACCCUUGAGGUCGAGUCCAGUGACACUAUCGACAACGUGAAGAGCAAGAUUCAGGACAAGGAGGGUAUUCCCCCUGAUCAGCAGCGUCUUAUCUUCGCUGGUAAGCAGUUGGAAGAUGGUCGCACCUUGAGCGACUACAACAUCCAGAAGGAGUCAACUCUUCACCUCGUUCUCCGACUUCGCGGUGGCCAGUAAGCGAUUCCAACGAACGGUGAUGGAUUUUAUGACGGCGUUAGGGACUGGCAUUGAAUUCGAGAUCAGGCAACUUCUAGGCCUGUCAUGAUUAUUAUGUAGUUUUUGCCCUUGCGAAUAUUCUGCAAGGUGCUAAUAGACUCUAUUGAAGUCUA